ACCAGCUCCACAUACCUGCAUUAAGGACACUGAAGCACUCUGUCUCUGCACUUCUCUCAGUCUGUCUGUGGAUCAAGGUGUUGUUGUUAAAAUAACCGAUAUGUCGCUCAGACUGUUUUAUACCAGCGUGAGCAGUAACCUUACGAUAAAGAAACAACAGCAACAUAUCCAAAUGGUUCUGGACAGCAAGACCAUCAAAUACGAACUUGUGGACAUUUCUGUGAGUGAGGAAGACAAGAACUUAAUGAGGAAGUUGGCAGGGAACCCGACUGCACUGCCACCUCAAAUAUGCAAAGGGGACAACUACUGUGGGGACUAUGCUGCAUUUGAAAAUGCAGUGGAGGCGGAAACCCUGGAGAAGUUUCUGAAACUCUAAAAGGAAUGGAUACCAGCUGUGAGACAACAAUAAGUCU